GAUACUCGCUUAGAACAUGAUAUUUCAAGAGGAAUCCUAAUAGCUGCAAAUACUUUAACAUUAAGAGUCUUAAGUCUUCAGUAUUCGGGAGAGUAUUCUUGUUACGCUAAAAAUGAUGUUGGAGAGGCAAGAAGUCAACCACUUUUCAUCUACAUGAAGUAUGCUCCAAGAUGCAAAGUCGGAUUUGAAUAUAAUAAUGUUGUUGCAUUACUCGACGAAACAGUUAAAUUACGCUGUGAAGUUGAAGCAACUCCAAAUGAUGGAGUGAGAUUUUCUUGGACUUUCAACGGCACAAAGGGAGACGUAUUGCCGAUUCAAAAUUCACGUCCAAGAAAUCAUGAGCGCACUAGUACUUUGGAGUAUACAAUUUUAAUUGAGAGUGAUUACGGCACUCUUGGCUGCUGGGCUAGUAAUAGCGUAGGAAGACAAAGAACACCUUGUAUUUUCAACAUUGUACCUGCAAAAGCACCACAAUCUCCAAUAGACUGUACUCUUCACAAUGAGAGUAGCGCACUUGAAGUCAAUUGCAUCCCCGGCUCGGACGGUGGUUUACCUCAGCACUUCCUGCUGGAAGUACGUGGCUCCAUGGUAGAGACGCAAUUGCUCCAAACUUCACAGACUCUUCAAACGCCCCAAAGUGACCAAGGAAAGAUGGGCGAGGCUCCGCCUAUUUAUCGGACGGAAAAUUUACGACCGACUUUUCAACUUAACGAUUUAGAGCCUGGCUAUGACUAUACACUAGCUGUUUAUGCUAUCAACAAACAUGGAAGAAGUCAACCAAAACUUUUUCGCAAUGUAAGAAUUUACGGGACUGAUCUUGAAAGAAACAUGGAAGUAUCAGGUGAAUUUGUUAUCGAUAAUAAGCAAAAUAUCAUUCCAAGGAGUAAUUUAGAAAACUUUCUCAUCACUGUUGGUGUUAUUGGUGGUGCUGCUGCGAUUUUAGUCGGUAUUGGUAUCAUCAUUGGUGUAAUAAUCUGCCGCAAGCGUGUUCACACGCCUAGAGCUGAAUACAUAGAAGACCUUACAACUCCCACAUAUGUAUCAGCCCAGAGAAUAGAGCCAAGAGUUAAGUACGGUUCUGAUCGUAGACGGUCUCAGAGGACAAGUUUGUACAUGGAAGAGAGUAAGAAUGGUAAGCUAUCCGCAAAUUAA